AACAUCGCGCCAAAGAGCUAUCGAGGACUUAUAGGGUUUGGCCGGAUGGCGGGGCUGAGCAUAAGAGUGAUGCACCACAAGGAGUACCUGUUACCUUGGAACCUGUCGCAUCGCAAUGGCUCAUCGCCGACACGAUAGCGCAAUGUCUCAAUCCGACUUGCCGCUGAUACACGAUGCAAACAAUGACGACGCUGCAUCUGCUUUGCAAUCACUGACAGCUAAUUCUAAGCACAACACUAACCUGCGAACACUUGCAAAGUCCCAUUGGCUCACUCCGACAAACAUGUUGGCCUCUUAUAUCUUCGGCAUUGCUCUCGCAGUAGGACAUCAUCGAUAUUACACAAUGCUGGAUAGAGAUGUGAUAGGCUCGACGGGGCGACAGCAGUGGUCAUUACGGUAUGUGCCAAGACAUGCGCACAUGUGCAUAUUUCGACUCUUGUAAGGUUCGGUAACGCUUUCGCGAUCAGCAUUGCUCUGAGCCUCAAGAGCGCCGUCGGGAUCGCAUACACGCAAUUUGCGUGGAUGCGUCUCCGGAGGCGAUCAAUAAGCUUGAGAUCUAUCGACGACUCUUUCGACAUUUCGAGAAACUUAUCUGCUUUCUUCAACU